AUGAAAGAGGAUGGUCAACUUGUUAAAGCUUUAUCAAGUUCUAUUAGUGUUUCGUUAGACUUGAAGCUUUCAAAUCAUGAGGGUGAUUAUAAGCAAUCAGAAACUAAGGUUUUCUCAUGCAAUUUCUGCGAAAGAGAGUUCUCAACAUCACAAGCUCUAGGAGGGCAUCAAAAUGCACACAAACAAGAGCGAGCGUUGGCGAAAAAACAAAAAGAAAUCAAUGAAGAGCAUCAUCAUCAACUGGGUACUUUUGGAUCUCCAAAAUUAUUCUCUUAUCCUUAUUAUCCAACUAUUUCUCCACAUCCAUUUUACGGUUCACUGAUCAAUAAACCUUCAUUUCCAUGGCCUUCUUCAUUGUCAUCGGGAUAUAAUUGGUUUGGCCUUGGCGUGACCAACAAUAAUACUAUACAAAUAUCAUCCAUUGAAAGGCUAAGGAUGAUGAAUGAUAAUGGUAUUAAUUCUAGGCCAUCAUUUCCAAGAUUUUGUGGUGGUUCAACAAAUUUUCAAGCUCUAAAUUGGUCUAAAAAUGGUGAUUAUCAUCAACAAGGUGACCCUUCAAUAUCAAAGAGUGAUGAUAAUGAGGAUUCAUCAGCACUUGAUUUGUCCCUCAAGCUUUAA